ACCUUUCUUCUCACUGCGACGAAUCUGUGUUCAUCUUCUUCCUAAAGCACCAGUCUCGCGCGUUCUCCAUCUCCAUUGCGAACUCAGUCGCCCUUCAGACUUCAGAGGAUACGCAUAUGACGCCUCAAACUGGCGCUGCACCGCCGCGAGCUCACCGAGAUUCACUCCGACUCCACCUUCAGUAAAUCCGCAGGCUCCGAUCACACAAGCCUCGUCGAAAAUGCGGAGACCAGGGCACCGGCACCAGCUGAAGCAGCAUUUAGGACUGGGAGUGAAGGGGAUGUUUGGAAGGCUCACAGUUGUUGCUGUUGUACUGGUGAUCUGUAUGGUCUUGCUUUUCUCUGCUUCCAUGACUAGUAAUAACAACUCUUCGUCCGAGAUUGAUGUGGAGGCCCUAUGGAGAACUGCUGAUUCUGGUGGUUGGAGGCCAUCAUCUGCACCUCGUUCUGAUUGGCCUCCUCCUCCUAGUGUGACCACUGGUUAUCUGCGUGUUCGUUGCAAUGGUGGUCUGAAUCAACAACGCAGUGCGAUUUGUAAUGCAGUGCUAGCUGCGAGAAUUAUGAAUGCGACCCUUGUGCUGCCUGAGUUGGAUGCGAACUCCUUCUGGCAUGAUGACAGUGGUUUUCAUGGUAUCUAUGAUGUUGAGCAUUUUAUCAACACAUUGAGGUAUGAUGUAAAGAUUGUGGAGAGGAUUCCUGAAAUUCAGAAAAAAGGGAAGACUAAGAAAAUAAAAGCAUUUCAGCUUCGGCCUCCUAGAGAUGCUCCUAUUAGUUGGUAUACAAAAGAUGCUAUGGAGAAGAUGAAGGAACAUGGUGCUAUUUAUCUUACUCCAUUUUCACACCGCCUGGCAGAAGAGAUUGACAAUCCAGAGUACCAGCGGCUUAGGUGUAGAGUUAACUAUCAUGCUCUUAGGUUUAAGCCACACAUAAUGGAAUUGAGCAAUGCAAUUGUCAAUAGACUUCGUACACAAGGGCACUUUAUGUCAAUUCAUCUCCGGUUCGAGAUGGAUAUGCUAGCAUUCGCUGGGUGCUUUGAUAUAUUUACCCCUGAAGAGCAAAAAGUUCUGAAGAAGUACAGGAUGGAAAAUUUUGCAGAAAAGAGACUUGUUUAUAGUGAAAGACGGGCAAUUGGGAAAUGCCCAUUAACUCCAGAAGAGGUUGGCCUGCUCUUGCGCGCAAUAGGGUUCGACAACUCAACAAGGAUAUAUCUAGCGGCGGGUGAUCUAUUCGGUGGAGAGCGGUUCAUGAAGCCCUUCAGGUCCAUGUUUCCUCACCUGGAGAAUCAUAGCACGGUGGACACCUCGGGCGAGUUAUCAAAGAACAACAGGGGAUUGCUAGGCUCUGCUGUGGACUACAUGGUAUGUCUCCUGUCUGACAUUUUCAUGCCAACAUAUGAUGGUCCCAGUAACUUUGCCAAUAACCUCCUCGGACACCGACUAUACUACGGGUUCCGAACAACCGUAAGACCGGACCGCAAAGCCCUCGCCCCUAUCUUUAUUGACAGAGAGAAGGGACAGAAGCACGGGUUCGAAGAGGCCGUCAGGCGCGUGAUGCUGAAAGCGAACUUUGGCGGGCCCCACAAGAGGAUUUCGCCCGAAUCUUUCUAUAUGAAUUCGUGGCCCGAGUGUUUUUGCCAGAAACCGGCUACGGACAAUGCCCAUAAGUGCCCACCUGAUGAUGUUUUGGGAGUGUUGGAGAGUAAACUACAGAACAAAGUAUCGAAUGCGAGUUUCGUUGGCGGAUAGAGAUAGGCUAUAAGUUUUUUUUUUUACACUUCCACAGGCAUCACUUAUAAUCCUACUUGCCCUUAUAAACAAAGCAUCAAUGUCUACUAGCUGGUUUAUUCAUGGGAACAAUAAUGCUAGUAUACCCCGAGUUUGACACCAAAUUUGACGCCAACACACUAUUUUUUGCACAGAGAAUAAUUGUUUGGUGAGGAAUUAUUCUCUGUGAGGCACUAGUGGUGUCAACUUUGGAGUUAUUGUAGCAUGGUUCUCAUUGGAGAAAGUGUACUUGCACUGGUGGCCCUCACACCAUCCCUUCCAUUUGCCAUUGGGGUUUGGAGGGAUACAAAUCAAAAGGAUGUGUGUAUGAGUGUAUCUCAGAAAAAGCUGUACAAGGGUUUUACACUUUUACCCUCGAACUUUGUACUAGUGGUUGUUUCAUGCCUUUGGCCAUAUUUGAAUUCUCCAUUAUGGAUUGCAAGGUUAACCCUUAAG